UUAACAUAAACAUCUGUUGAUGUAACAGAAAAACAAUGUCAAAAAUGGCGGCCAAGUCAAAGAAGCGGCUGUCUAAAAUAGAAAAUAAGUUACUAAAAUUAGAAAAAUUGGAACUCAGUGAUGUUAUUUGUUCAAUAUGUCAGUCGAUUUUAAUAGAACCUGUAACUCUGCCAUGCCAUCAUGAUUUUUGUCAAUGUUGCUUUAAUGAAAGUAUUGCAAAUAAUGCUUUGUGUUGUCCUUUAUGCCGAUUGCGAAUAGGCUCUUGGCUACGAAAAGCAACAAAACAACAAAAUUUAGUUAAUAAUCAGCUUUGGAAUUUUAUUAAAAAUAAGUUUCCUAAAGAAAUCGAUAAGAAAUUCAAAGGAGAAGAUCUAGAUCUAGUUUCAGAUACCCCAUUACUCAGGUUAAGUGCACCAGGAGAGAUAAGAUCAGAAUAUGAAGCAGAGUUAAAAAGACUCAGAGCAGAACGAUUACGGCUUGAGCAAAAACAAUAUCAGGAGACAGAGAUUCUCAUAAAGAGACUCCAUAAAGAAGAGCAGGAGACACACAAAAAAUAUUUGGAUAGCCUUAAACAGGACGAAAUUUUGGCUCAACAGCUACAAGAAGAUGCAAAAAUAGAAGAAGCCUCAAAGAGAAACAAAGUUAAAAGUUCCUUUUCUAAAGCCAGGUUAAAACCCACAACAAUAGAUAGUUUUUUGGCUAAAAGUAUAACACAAGCUUCAAUUGUAAAUAACAGCUCACAGUUAUCUGAUGACAAUUCUAGUGCAGAUGCCUCACCUCCAACUGCCCCUUCUAAUAGAACCAUUAACAGGGUGUCUCCAGAAAUAUUACCUAACUAUGGCAAGUUUUUGAAGAAUUUUUUAGAUAAAAAAUUAAAAACUGGAACUAGUAUUUGGAAUAAAGAAAAUGGUGAGAAACUGAAGGAGAAGGAGGAAGAACACCAAAUGGUUGAUAAAACUGUCAGUAGUGAAGAAAAAACCAUAGUUAAAACAAAGAACGGUAUACAAUCAGUACUUGUCUCCUUACCACUGCCACAUACAGGAAUACUGCAUCACAAAACAAGUUUACCAGACAACAGGAAUUUGGAAACUGGAAGUGUAGACUCAAUGCGGCAGGAAUUGUGCUAUUUUAAGCCCAUUGAAGGGACCACACCAACCAGUUUCAUUACCAGUAAGAGUCUUCCAUUGAGAGUGCCAGGAGUGAGAGUUGAUAAAGAAAAGAUAAGCCCGAAGAAGGAAGUAACGCCUACUCGCGAUCAAUACAUAGAGGGCUUGAGCCAGCUACGGAACUUGUCCUUAGCACAUAAACUACCCUCUGCGUUUGUUAUUGCACUUAGUAUAUUGAGAUCUAAAAAGAGUCCUAAAAAAAAUGCAGCAAACACAAGAUUGAGAGUAAAGAAAAGUUCGCCAAAUAAUAUGUGCGUUUCAAAUAUAUUCAAUUCAAAACGUCCUGCUGUAAACAGAAACAAGCAUACAGAACUUCUUGAUGGAAUCACUAAAUUAAAUAAUACAGUUUCACUGAGGCGCACCAGGUCUAUGGGAAGCAUUUCGAAGGACGAAAAUGAGGUUACGCCGAAGAAAAAAUUAAAGGAAAGAAAAUCUUACUCAGAUAGAAAGCCAUAUUUGAGGAGCGACUCGAAAAGAAUGCAUGCCAAAUCACCCUCUUGUAGUCCGACGUCGUUGAUUCAGAUCACUAAUAAUAAGGUUAGUUUAGCGGUUAAAAAUUUAUCUAGUCCAUUGGAGAACUGUGAUGUCAAAAACAUUUUGCGGGAGCAGCUUCGAAUUGAAAAAUUAAUUGAACAGGAGAAGAGUGACUUUGAGAUGGCACAGAAGAUGGACGCAGAGUGGAACGGGCGGAGGCUUCGACGAGCCCCUGCCAAACGGCAGGUCACUCUGAAUUAUGCACUCAGACCUACUAAGAAACUUAAAGUUUAGUGCAGCUACUUGAAAUAACUUGACCAUUUUCACCCUAUUUACAUUUCUGCAUCGAUUAACAACCGGCUUUCGACACAUUAAAACAUUUUUCAAUUCUUUUACACCCAAUUACAAAGAUAUAUAGGUAGUAGUUCUGUUGGCCAUACUACGUUGGGUUUUUCACAAAAUUAGUAUAAUUUUAUUGAUCUCUAAAUCGUGCUUUCGUGCACACACGUGUCGAAUGUCGAUCGCCUGUCAUUCGUCGUCGCUAAUAAUAUAUAAUCGAAGGCUGUUAUAUAAAUAGAACAAUGUGGUUAGUUAUAUAAAUAGAACAAUGUGGUUAUAACGUGUGUUAAAUUCAUGUUGACUGAUUGUAAAUUCAAAGGUAAAAGGUCGAAUUCAAAUGUACUAA